CCUGACAACGCAAGUCCUCAUCCUCCUCCCUGGACCGGACGCAAGAGGGAAAAUCUCUCACCAUCACGUACAUCCGUGUUGAGUUGCAUCACACCCAAGGUCAUCCACCGGGGUUGUUGCGUGAAUCCUCCCACUGAUGGCCAGCAGACAUCUUCGAACUCCACCCGAGCUACAUCGAGAGGUUCGGACUGACACAUCAAAAUUCUCCUUCCGCGUUGAGAAGACCUCGCAGCCAUCUCAAGAAAGAAACCAUGUCCUUGUCAGGACUGCGGGUGAACUUGACCGCUGGCUCUCAAACAGGAAAGUUGUCGGGGCCGACGUGCGCGCAUACAUCCAUUCAUCCAUCCAUCCAUCCAUCCAUCCAUCUCAUCACAUCCAAGCAUCGAUAACAUCCUCUUCAGGUGUAUCAACCAAGUUGGCAGAGUCCUGCAACGUGCUGCAAGGCCCCACCUCGCAACUCGUGGGACCUAGCUUCUAGGUGUGGUGCUUCAUGCAAGCACUUUCAACCUAGUUGCAAGUUACCGCGUUAAUCUUUACAACCAAGUCCAAGUCCACAAAUGACAUCGAUCUAACGCCCACGGCCCGGCCUGCGGAGUGGGCCCUCGACUGCCGGUGGGCGGGGUGGAACUUGGUUGUCACGAUUAACUACCUUCUCGGCCGAGCUUAGGAACAUCUGGCCGCCGGAAUACGAGACCGCAAACGAAAGCAACGCAGCGUUUCAUCGCCUGCUGGCUACCGACAUAAAGGCACUAAUCACUGAUCAACGAUCACUGAUCGUCCACUCAGUCGCGAGUAACGACCUUUGGGGCCUCAUUGCCUUCUGCGGCGCAGCGGGGAGCUCGGGAUCGACUCGGAGGAUCCUCGAGGCUUCAAGGAUCAUGUCCUUGGAAAACGAAACCACGAGAAACGGCUCCAGACUUUCUCCAGCUGAGACCUUGUGACCGACGAAGCUGCUCUCCUCCCCUCUCCCAGGUCCAGUCUUUGCGCAAAAGGCUCUGGCGACGGGCUAGGCUUCAUCAGUGAGUGGAGGCAGGAUCCAACCCCCAGAAAGUCCAGAUCGAGAUGGCUCCAGGAUGGCUGCGACGCAAUCUAAUCAAUCUCUACGAGUGGAUUCAAGUGGUGUGAUUUUCUGCCCCCGCGAUCCGUGGGCAGCAACUGGGCCAAGCCUUGAAAGUUGGUGUUGAUGCUGGCUGGCCUUUCUCUUCGUCGAGCCGGGCCCCGGUGCAACCUAUGGGGCCGGGCAACCGUGGGGGACGAUUUAGACGCGGACAGGGCGAUUCCGUUUGCACUGCGACGUUCCGGAACUAUCCCUUGUUGAGAAGCUCUAUGUGCCGAUGCAACCUCACGUCACUCAACCGAACGCAACCAAAGGACCUAUCGAGAGGGCCCAAGAGGUGGCCAAGACACGGGAAGCACAUCAUACAACCACCUAAAGACGCGGUUCCCCUUCUUCGCGCCUAAAUUCUACAGGUCCAUGUCACAUGUGAGCGAGGCACAGUUGUUCAAAACCAGAACUUGGCAGCUUUUCGGGAAGCUGCUUGUGGAUGACAGAUGCUGAUGUAAAACCGUACAGGUAUCGCUCCUAACCGGUUUCUGUCAACCUUUUCUUGACGCUUUCUUCUUCCAUAUUGCGUGGAAAGAGGUAACAUUGGACUAGGCGAAAACAGCGCAAAGCGGGUGAUCACAUUGCAGUUGCCACAACGAGCCAUCUCCUCCGAGCCGCUGCCGCCGUCUGCAUCGGAAGCCCGACCGUAGUGGGGUCACGGAGCUGGGGGUGGGCCGGGGCGACCAGGACUGGAUUCCUCAAGGUUGCUGGUGUUUUGAACUUUUGAAGAGCUUCACACACGCACGCGCGCGCGCGGAAGAUCGGGAGACAUCGCAGGGCUUCGGUUGUUGGCUCGUUGGCCUACGACGUUGUCCUGCACUUUGUCAAGUUCUCGUCAGCAUCUUCAAGGACCGUUUCCCGCGGGAAUCCAUUGCGAUCCUGGCCUUCGGAAGCCCUGUGACGUUUACUCCGAGUCAUUUUCGAACACGCGGGAUAAGUUGUGACGUCGCUUCGUCAGCUCCCCCGGUCUCGAACACAACCGAUGUCGGACAUUUCCUCACUCAAGGUGGCUGGGAUAUUUCUGUUGCUCCCCUAUAACGCGUCAAAGGGUUGUAUGGCCUGCAACUGUAGCAAAAGCCUCAAUUCGCCAAGUCGGCGACAUUGUCCGAGUAUCAGACGGAGCAGGACCGGUCAGCGUAGGGUUCCUUGGCAUGCCAGAGGUCGUGUCGGACUUCGGAGCAGGAUCAGCUCGAAGUUAAUCGGUCGGCGAUCAGAUCUCAAUCAGAAUUGGCAACUCUAACCUGCCCAUGCA